AUGCCUACAGAAGCAAUUCGUUACGUUACAAAAGUCGAUCUCAACAAGCCUGGCUAUGAGCAACCACAAGUGCACAACAGAUGGCACCCAGAUGUUCCAUUCUCUGAGACAAUACACCCUGGUGAAACAGUCAAGAUUGAAUGUUUAGAUUGGACUGGAAACCAAAUCAAAAAUGAUGAUUCGGCUGAUGAUAUUUUGAAUGUGGAUCUUACUAGAAUUCACUACAUCUCAGGUCCAUUCAACAUUGAAGGUGCUGAACCGGGUGAUGUUUUGGUUGUUGAAAUUAAAGAUGUUCAACCAUUGGAUAGACAACCAUGGGGAUACUGUGGUAUUUUCCAUAAGAAAAACGGUGGUGGGUUCUUGGACAAGUUUUAUCCAGAAGCUGCGAAGGCAAUCUUUGACCUUGAAGGUAUUCACGCAACAUCUAGACAUAUUCCACAUACUAAAUUUACUGGUUUAAUUCAUCCAGGUAUUAUGGGUACUGCCCCUUCUCGUGAAGUUUUAAAAGAAUGGAAUCAAAGAGAGGUUGGGUUGAUUAAUAGUAUUCAACAUCAACAUGACACUGCUGUUGCAUUACCGCCUUUGGAGUUGAAUGCACAUUCUGGUAGUGCCACCGGAGAGCUUGCUGCACGUAUUGCCACUGAGGGUGCUAGAACUAUUCCCGGAAGACCAGAGAACGGGGGUAAUUGUGAUAUCAAAAACUUGUCAAGAGGGUCCAAGUGUUACUUCCCUGUGUAUGUUAAAGGAGCAAAGUUUUCAGUUGGGGACUUGCACUUCUCCCAAGGUGAUGGUGAAAUUUCCUUCUGUGGUGCAAUUGAAAUGCCGGGUGUUUUAUCCAUCAAGACUUCCGUAAUCAAAGGUGGUAUGGAAAAGCUUUCUAUAAAGAGUCCAAUCUUCACCCCAGGUGAUGUUCAAAAUCAGUAUGGUCCUUCAAGAUACUUGACAUUUGAAGGGUUCUCUGUCGAUGAAGAAGGCAACCAAAAGUAUCUUUGUGCAACAACUGCUUAUAGACAAGCAUGUAUUAGAGCAAUUGAGUACUUGAGAAAAUUUGGAUACAAUGAUUAUCAAAUUUACUUGUUGUUGUCCACUGCCCCUAUUGAGGGACGUAUUGCCGGGGUUGUUGACGUACCAAAUGCUUGUACGACACUUGGUAUCCCGAUGGACUUUUUUGACAUUGAUGUCAGCCCAGAAGGAAGCUUGGAAUCGUACAACAUGGGCAACUGUGCAUUAGUUUCCAAUGCAAACCAUUCACUCACCUACAAUUUCAAGUAG